AUGGUAAGGUUUACAGGCAUACAACAAAAUGCAGUGUGCUUCUGGGAUUCUGUUGUAUCAUCAGUUCAGCUCUAAAAGCAAUGUUUAUUUUACCCCCCCCCCCCCCAACACUCUACACCAGCAGUUCCUAAACUAGGGGUCGUGAAAAAUAAUAUCUCGUCUUUGUAUCUCAAUCAUUGUAAUGUGGUUAACCAUAAAAAUCAAAAUGAAAAUUAUUCAAAAAUAAAAGAUAAAAUUCAAUCCGAGAGCGCCCUUAGAUCAUGGGAAAAGGCCACACUUGACCGUUGCACUUGAAUCAUUCCAACGGUGAAUGGCUAGGACCACUACGUUAUGAAACCACACGCUAUUGCAGAGACUUUGAUAUUACUGACCGCAAUUAAUAUGGUGAAAACAAUGUGUGGGGAGGCAGAGGCACAGAAACUCUCAUCAAUUAGUUAUGUUAAAUUAAGAAUUUAAGCUAUUGCUAGCAAUCAAGAGGAAACUGACUGCAUGAGUCAAACUCCUCAGCUUAUGCUUUCUAAAUGGACGUUAGCUAUGAGGGCCGAGAUGCCCAUGCAUUGCCUUUUGUUCGCUAUACAUGUCAGGGGAUGCUACGACGACAUUGUUCUGUCUCAUGAUUCCCGAGCAUGAAACGGCACAGGGGAUGUUCAGUGUGCUGCGUGGCUAUAUUGAUGAAAAACAGAUUCCAUGGGGUCGAAUUGUGGGCUUUUGCACAGAUGGGGCUCCAUCCAUGGUGGGACGGCGGGCAGGCCUCUGCGCUCUAGUUAUGAAUGUGUCUCCUCUACCAUAUGGACGCAUUGUAUGAUACACAUAGCAACUGGCGGCAAAAAAGCUGAGCACAGAACUCUGAGAUAUACUGCAGCAGGUAACUUCGAUUGUAAACUACAUCAAACCACAUCCACUGUGUGCAUGCCUGUUCGCAAAACUAUGUGAAGGUAUGGGAUCAGAGCAUGACAAUGUUCUAUUUCACACACAGGCUUGGUGGUUAACGAGGGGGAGUGUUGGAAAGAUUUUUCACUUUGAGAGAGGAAGUGUUGUCAUUCACACUGGAUGUUAAAAAAGGAAAAAAAGGACUUAGUUGACUUUGUAAUGAAAAUAAAAUGUUUCUCCUUGCCUAUGUAACAGACUUAUUUGGGAAACUGAACGAAACUGAACCCAAGCAUGCGGGGGAAAUACAAAAACAUUCUACAGAUGAGUAACCGAUUCAGAGGAAAUCAUUCUUAUUGGAGAUGGUCUUCUAAAGGUGAACCAGGCAAAGCCAAGAGAAGGAGGCAUGGGGAAAAAUCAGACUGGGAAAAAUCGAUUUGAACGGUCAUCCAACUCGGAAUUCCAACUCAGACCUCUUUCUAGAGCUCCGACCUGAAGAUCACUGACGUCAUGAUUUGAUCUCGUAUUUUUCUGAUUUCCCAGUUGUCUUGAAAGCACCAUAAAACUCAUGGUACCGUUCGCCUGCUCAUAACUGUGUGAAGUUUGAUUCAGUGCUCUCGUCUGCAUUAAAACCAAAUAUUGAUCCAGGUUGGACGUCAUAGCCCCACAUUUAAAAGUAUGUGAUGGUGAGUUGAGAAUACAAUCAGAAAUACUGUUAAUUUUUUUUUCAAUUGACUGCCAUAGCUCCAAAUAAAAAAGUGAACAUUGGCUGUUAAUUACCGUACAUAAUUUUUUCACAUGGUUGGUUGUCGUGAGAAUUUUUUUAUAUCAAAAUGGGGUCUUGGGCAGAAAAGGUUUGGGAACCCCUGCCCUACACUAAACAUAUUUUCCCCCCCCUCUGCCAGUUUUCCCUACAGUGUUCUCUUCCCACCUGGUCCAGCAUGAGGUUGUGGCCAACUACAGCCACCUGUUCUGGGUGCCUGGCUCUGACCUGGCCCUGGUCCCCUACAUGCUGCUGGCCCACAUAGAUGUGGUGCCUGCUGAUGAGAGUGAUGGAUGGGAGGCCCCACCAUUCUCUGCAAAGGAGAUAGAUGGAUUCAUCUACGGUAGAGGGACCAUCGAUAACAAGCAGUCUGUCAUGGUGAGGGUUGACUGUAGGUAGAGGUUUAUGGGACCUGGGUGUUCCAAGAACAAGGAUCAGAGCGUAGAGAGAAAUCUAUGAUUUGUUUGCUAUGAUUUAGGCCAGGGAUGGGCAGCUGGCGGCGCGGCCCCCCUUUUUGAAGGCCCUCAGAUCAAUUUUGGGAACUCAGUUGGGGUCUCAACUGACUGUUGCGAGUUAGAAGGGGCCAUUUAGAAAUUUGGUUGUGCAUCAGCAGUUUCUCUUUUUAUGUAAGUCACUGAUAGUCAGUCAAUAAGCCCAUGUCAGCUACAUUAUUUUAGAUUGCUAAAUGAGUUUUGUGGACAGCUAUCUACAUGUGUUAUCAUGGUCAAAUUACCUGCUGGGGGUCCCCCUCCAUUGAUUUUGUCAGUCUCACUCAGAUAUAUUAAAAACUGCUAACAUUUCUCUCUGCCUCAUGGAAAAAUGAGGAGAAUUGCAUGAAAUUAGUUAUAAAAUUACAAAAUAUGUAAUUGCAGCAAACGUGCUUUAAAACUGCAACAUUUUCUGUACACCCCAUGGCAAAAUGUGCAGAAUUGCACCAAAUAAAUGUAAAAAUUAUCUCUGCUGUCGAGAGCGGGGUUACUAAAAUGUUUUGCUCGCAGUGUGUGUGGGGCGGGGGAUUGUUUUGUGGCCCCCACCCCCAACAAAGUUGCCCAUCCCUGAUUUAGGCCAAGGGCAUUGCAUGAUUAACAAUGUGGUUACUGUUUUUCCUCAUCCAAUAAUAUGAUUUAACGUUGUCAGAAUCUAACCAGACAAUUUUUUUCACUGUAGGGAAUUCUUCAGGCGCUGGAGUACCUGUUGAUAAGAGGUUAUUCUCCGCGAAGGGGAUUCUUCAUUGGUCUGGGUCAUGAUGAAGAGGUUUGUGAAGUUGGUAGAGGUCUUUUAUUUCAGAAACCGAAAGGGACAGAAAUCAGAAACAUGAUCUUCUGUCUGUACUGUAGGUGAGUGGCUUCCAGGGGGCCAUGAACAUAGUGAAGGUGCUGAAGAAGAAAGGGGUGCAGCUGGUGUUCGUACUGGAUGAGGGUCUGGCUGUGCUGGAUGGAGUCAUCAGUGGUCUGCAGGGGCCUGCUGCUCUGUAAGCAUUCAUUCAUUAACUCUUGUCUCAUAUUUAAUGUCUUUCUCCUUUAUUAAGUGUUACUUAUACGGCUUACGUCAUAGAUUGCACUCACAGUAUAUUAAAAGUGUGUGGGCCUGCCUGUGUGUAUAUGUGUCAGAAUUGGGGUCACUGAGAAAGGACAAGCCACUGUGAAACUGAGUGUCUUCAAGGCCCCGGGUCACUCCUCCAUGCCUCCCAGAGAGAGCAGCAUCGGCAUCCUGGCUGGAGCUGUCAAAAGGUGAGAGGGUAUUUGGGAAUCACACUCAUCACAGGCUAGAUGGGUCUUCUGUGUGUAGCCAUUGCUUAACACCUACAGGUACAAUUAAAUGAAGGGGAAUUCCACUUUUCUUUCUUGGUCAGCCAUGAACAUUAUAGACAAAUAUGUUAUAAGGCUCAAGGUUCAAAUUUUAUUGUCACGCGGACAAGUGUAGUGAAAUGCCUUUCUUGCUAGCUCUAUCCCAACAAUGCAAUAAUAAAUAUCCGUAGGACUAUAACGUAAAGUAGUAAAAAAACGCACAAGAAAUAUAAAUAAGAAGAACACAAGAAAGUAAGCUUGUAUACACCUCAGUUGAGUAUGCGUGAACUCCGUAAAGGGAGGACAUUUCUAAAUCGGCUAGGCCUACAUUGUUUUAGGCCUGCGUCAUAGAAUAUAUUGUGUCAUGUCAUAUUGUGAACCUAAGCCCACGUGGUCUGUUUUGUCAGGCUGGAGGACAACCCAAUGCCCAUGUUGUUUGGUGGAGGCCCUGACCGCAGGACCUUUGAACACUUAGCUCACAAGGUAAUCCUGUGUGUCUAACCUCUAUCCUACAUUGGCUUCAAUUAUCCUAUCAGAUAAUCUGCUAUAAAGAGACUAGUGUUUAGUACUAGUCUUAACAACAUUUUAAAUAAGUACAUAGCUUUUUAAAUCACUUUGAAAUGUCUUUGUCUUAAAGUUUGGACUCCCACUUAAGUUUGUCAUGUCGAAUAUGUGGCUGUUCUCUUCACUUAUUGGCAGGUAAUUUCCCUCACUGAAUUUCUCUGGUUUGUUCCACCUUGAUUAUUUCAGUUACAUGCAGAUUAUACUCGAUUGAGUUAUAAAACCUAAAUAACAACAUUUGUUUAUGUUACAGAGUAUUGGAAAGAAGACCUGACACAAAUGCUUUUGUGAGAACUACAACUGCAGUCACCAUGUUCAACUCAGGUGUUAAGGUACAAUAUCUUGUCAUAAUAAAUGAGUUAUAGUGCAUGAAGGUGUCUGUUAAAGUGAUGCUCCUGAGGUUUUCUAUAAUUUCACCAAUAGUUUUGAAAGUGCUCUCGAGCCAUACGGGUCCCCGAAAUUGUUGUACUACGUCAUCCAUUUUGUGUGAUAUGUUCUUGUUUUUUUGCAAUUUGUAUAUGUUCAAAAUUCAAAUUGUGUUAAGUUAUAUGGUCCUGGAAUGCAUCUUUACGCAAAUACAGUACUUGAUGUUUCUAUUCUUCACAGGUGAAUGUUCUUCCCUCCCUUGCUGAGGCCUAUGUGAAUAUGCGGAUACAUCCAGCACAGUCAUUACAAGAGGUGGGGAUUAGCAUUUUACGCAUCUACCUAUAUGGUUCAACAGCAUGCUAUAUUCAAAAUUAAUGUUAUUUAUCUAUUAUACUGUAAAGCUAAAAUCGUAGGUUGAUCUCACAAAACCGAGACACUGAAUUUAUAAACCAUUUAGUCAUGCUUGACCAUUUUGAAAACUCCCCCAGUUUUCAAAAUGAUAGUGUUUGUAUCUUCCUGUCAGGUUCUGGAGUUCAUCCAAUCCACAGUGGGAGAUGAGAGAGUGAAGAUGGAGCUGGUGAAUGGCUUUGACCCACUGCCUGUCAGCUCGUAUGAUGAAACAUCCUUUGGGUUCCAGACCAUCAAGAAGACCGUGCUGGACCAGUUCCCACAAGUUACUGUUGCGCCUGGUAAGAAACAGAAUAGAAGGGAGUGUGUGUGGAGAGGGAAUGGUAUUUGGUUGAUUUGCCCACGAUGAUGUUGGGGGGGAUCCUGCUUUUGGUAUGGGUUUUUCAGGCAACAUAUUCACAUAUCUAUGACAUAGUAGGAUUCAACAUACAAAUCUAUCAUAUUCCAACGUGCAGGUAUCUGCAUCGGAAACACAGACAGCCGCCACUACACUGACCUGGCCAAGGACAUCUAUCGCUUUGCACCUACCUGGAUCAGACCAGGGGACACCCAGAGGUAUGACUCACAUUGUAGCUGGAGCACUGAAUAUUCUGUAGAGAAGAGCUCUCUCCAGCCCCAAUCUCUUUAUCAGGUGCUGAAUGUAGUCAUAGUAACUGGAUACGUACUGUACAACAUACUGUAUCUUUGGCCUGUUGGGGUUGAGGAGAUUGUUCGAACACAGCCCUUUUGUUGAUCAUGAGACAAACUCCAGUCUUAUGAUCUAGCCAUGUGACACUGUUGAACCAUAACAUGUAAGUCAGCCCUACAUGCACAGCAUCUUGACAAGGAGGGUUAAACAAUGCCCUCUGUUUGCAUGACAACGAAAGUCUCACCUUACUAACACUGUAGUUUGGCCGCUAUCCUUUCCAGUCAUUUAAUGCAUUCUCAACUAUUCCAGGUCUCAUGGUAUUGAGCACGAGGGAUUUCAAGGAUUUCUAAGAAGAACUACGAAGAACUGGUCAUCUUUUACUUCAAUCUGAUCCAGAACUGUGACAUCAAGGAGCUCCCUUCUCCCCACAGUGCUGGUCAUGAGCUCUAA